AACUGCCCUCCAUUCAAGCACCGCGCGACCUACCAUCCAGCGCGCGCCAUCGAAAAUAGGAGGGCUUUCUACUAAUCAGUACUCAGACUCGCGCGAGCAAAAGUGCUUGGGUUGUCAAGUGAUCUUUUAGCAGAGGAGCAGAAGGCAGAAGGCAGGAGCGCACGCAGUAGCGGCGCGUUACCAAUGCAUUCUCCAGAUAUUGGAGCAUCCGGAGAGUAAAACACGGGAAGCAAUAGAUUCCACAAGAACGGUGCACGGUGUGCUAUCAUCUCCAAAUGAAUGACAAUGGGGGAGUGGACAAUCUUAGAGCGUCUCUUGGAGGCAGCUGUCCAACAGCACUCUACUAUGAUCGGAAGGAUCCUCCUAACAGUGGUGGUGAUCUUCCGGAUUCUAAUCGUUGCGAUCAUUGGAGAGACCGUCUAUGAUGACGAGCAGUCCAUGUUUGUGUGCAACACCCUGCAGCCCGGCUGUAACCAGGCUUGCUACGACAAGGCGUUCCCCAUUUCCCACAUCAGAUAUUGGGUGUUUCAGAUUAUUCUGGUGUGCACCCCCAGUCUCUGUUUCAUCACCUACUCCGUGCACCAGUCUGCCAAGCAAAAGGAGCGCUUGGAGCGGGGAUACUCCACCGUGUUCCUCUCCUUGGACAAGCGCCAAGAUUCCAUCAAAAGAGACGACAGCAAAAAGAUCAAAAACACUAUUGUAAAUGGAGUACUUCAGAACACGGAAAACUCCACGAAAGAAGCCGAGCCCGACUGCUUGGAGGUGAAGGACAUCCCAAAUUCGGCCAUGAGAACUAGUGGAAAGUCUAAAAUGAGGAGGCAGGAGGGCAUCUCAAGAUUUUACAUCAUCCAAGUGGUUUUCCGAAACGCUCUAGAGAUAGGGUUCCUGGUGGGUCAAUAUUUCCUGUACGGAUUCAAUGUCCCUGCGGUAUAUGAGUGUGAUCGAUACCCCUGCAUCAAAGAUGUAGAAUGCUACGUUUCAAGACCCACGGAGAAGACUGUGUUUCUGGUCUUCAUGUUUGCGGUCAGUGGCGUCUGUGUGCUUCUGAACUUGGCUGAACUCAAUCAUCUUGGAUGGAAGAAGAUCAAAGUCGCUGUCAAAGGCGUGCAGGCGAGGAGGAAGUCCAUCUACGAGAUCCGUAACAAAGACAUGCCUAGAAUGAGCAUGCCCAAUUUCGGCCGCACUCAAUCAAGUGACUCUGCCUAUGUGUAGCAUAUUGAGAAGGCCGUAGACAAGCCUCGUGAACACCGGUUGCGUCAAACUGUAUGGGUUCUCGCGGAGGUCCAUUCAUUUAAAUGGGAGGCAAUCCGCACCACGGCGACUCAUCUGCUGGACAAGGUUGCGGUGCGUGGGACAGCGUGCAGUCUGUCGCAUGCGUUGGAUUUUUCCAACUUGUGCAUUGCUUUGCUGUGCGGUAUCAGACACAGAAGUAGAUAAACCACCGAAGAAGUUGCUAAUAUGUAGCGUGAUUUCUUUCUUUUUGUGUGCAUGCGGCUUAAGUGCGGGAGCUGUCCAUUUCAGCACCACUGAAUGGAACAAUUGUACAAAGAAUUCGAAUAUAUUUAAUAAAGAAUGUGGUGUAUAUUUGAUCACACUUACUUCGUUUGCGAAGUAGGUGGGGUAGAUUGAUUUUAUUUGUCUUUUACUGACAACUAAAAAACAAACGGACCAAGCGUUUGUUUGUCAUAUAUUUAUGAGAAGGCACUGAUGCAACGUUUAUAGAUAAUGGUUUAGCCUAUAUUUUGUAAAGUGCUUCUUAAAAGCAUAUAAUUUAUGUGUUGAUAUUCACUCUGUCGUUCACUUCAGCUGUUGAACAUGGAGUAAAUACUUGCACUAUGUAUGAAUAAUGAGCCAAAAUAUAUCCGAUUUGUGCUGUGAUUGUGUUUUUACGACAUUCCACUGGUUUUACACAUCACAUACCACUAUAGCAAAUGAAACACACACAUUAUUUUGCAGUUUUAGAGUCAAAUGUACUCAAAUGCAUAUAAAUUCUUCCAGUAUAUUACUCAUCUCACAUCUUUUAUGUCAGCACUGUCAUUGUUUUGGUUGCCUGAGCUUGCACCAUUGACCUUAACCUAUGUGAUCACUCAAUUGGGGGGAUGUGCUGCAAAUGCUUACAUUUGGGACUUUUAAAUUGAUUUGUUCUUUCUUUUAUUUACACCCAAGCGCCCAUUGCUUUUGUUUGUGAGGAAAUGGAUUUUCUUGAUUUUAUGUCAUCAAGUGCCAUAUAUGUACAUACAUAUAAACAUGAUAUAUCUAUAGAGUAUUAUCAUCAUCAUGAAAGCUGAAUUCUGUAAAUUCCUCUUUUGGAUUAAAUGCCGUCAUCAUAUUUGAUUUGAAUAGCUGUGGUUUGUAUGGAAAUGGUAUGCUAAUAUAUUAUCCUCCCUGGUUUCAUUUGGCAACAUAGAAAAACAGACAACCGUUGCACAUUCAAAAAGUAUUGAUGAGCAAUUAGUCGUAUAGACUAGAGCACAAAUCUGAAUUGGAAUCAAUCAGAUAAUAGGCAAUAAAUGUUUGCCCCUGGUGCUACCAUUUUCCAAAGUAAUUAUUUAAAGUAUCAAAUGUAAGAUCAAACUGAAAGGUGAUCCUAUCCAAAAAUAAAAACGUAAUUCAUGUAUACAAGAUAUGUGUAAUAUGUGGUGCUUUCAAAUUGUACAGCAGAUACACACAAAGCACAGUAAAUACCAUCAGUACAAUCAUGCCCUGUUUGCCCUUGCAAUCCUUGGGGCCCAAUGAUUCAACAAGAAACUGAGUCACUGUCUGCUCUGUAUAAUUCCAACAGACCCUUCAGAUAUGUACAGUAAUACAGUAAGUGGUAUAGAAACAUGGGGAAAUCAUACACAGGUUAUAUCACAGGUUCAGAUUGACAUAGUCAGCAGCAGAGGCAUACACCUGACAGGCUGACACAGACAAAGUCUGCACAACUAUCAUUCUCUAACCUAACGUAACAGGCGUAGAAAGGCACCUAAGCAGAGUCCCUUCUUCCGUUUUUCAAGGGAAAUGGAAGUUAGAUUAAACAAAAUACAGUAUCCCUGAAAACAGGCAACAUCCGCUUUCUUCCAACGCCACUAAAGGUGAUCAUUCUGUGACCAUGUGGUUGACAGCUUCAUCUUCUACCUACCCCCUCCCCCACCAAGCCCCCACCAGCCACAUUUGCUUCCGUUGCAUCCACCUCAUCCCCCUUGGCUGUUGGGGCCAUAGAGGUUGAGCAGUUCAGCUCUGUUGGAAGCUGAGAGGUCGCAUCCUGCACUACCUCAAGGUCACUGAGAAAAGUGCUGAACGCUGAAACCCAUUGCCCCAGAGAGUCAGAGUGUUCCCCAACUGACCAGUCAGGAUGCGGGAAGCAAGAGUGGGGAGGGGGUGGUAGGUUGGUGGACAGGUACGGCUGCCAAGAUGACUCGACAACUCUAAAGAGCAAAAAUCGAAGAGCCAAGGCCCUGACAGAUCAAUUUCAAAAUUCAGCAGGGACUUUAGAUGCUCCUCGAACUCUCCGACACGAAACAAGCGCUGCUUGGUUGGAUCGGCUGGCUACUGGUUGGAUCGGCUGGCUACCUACCUACCUACCUACCUACCUCUCUCUC